AUUCUGCAGUUCUGAAAAUUGUAUUUAUAAGAGACUGCCUACCAGUAAUAAUAUAAAUCUGUACGAUGUGGUGGGUUGCAAUCGCCAUAGCAGCAGCCCUUGGUGUGAGAUACUGGUUGUCGGUUCGCCCCCAUUCGCACUGGGUGGAAAAGGGAGUGGAACAAGGACCUCCAAGAUUUAGUGUCUGGCUUAACUGGCAAACGAUUAUUCGAAAACUAGCGAUUGCAGAAAUGGUUGAAGUGGUUUAUAAUAUUUGUCCAAAGACCAGAUACUCAGGCUUCUACCUGUUUUUACAACCAAUACUCGUACUAAAGGACCUCGACCUCAUCAAACAGAUUUACGUUAAAGACUUCGACCACUUUCUAGACCGUCGGACUUUGAUUCCAGAAGACAAUGACCCCCUUUGGGAUAAAAACCUCUUCGCCUUAACUGGCGAAAAAUGGCGCGAAAUGCGAGCAACACUCAGUCCUGCUUUCACCCGUACCAAAAUGAAGUACAUGUUUACACUAAUCUGGCAAAACGGUGAACAGUUCACAGAAUACUUCUUGAACCAAAAAAGAAAGCUCGUUACAGUUGAAAUGAAAGAUAUUUUAACCAGAUUAACUAGCGAUGUCAUCGCUAACACUGUUUUUGGAGUAGAAUGCGAUUCUUUGAAAGACAGGAAAAACGAAUUUUAUUUGAUGGCAAAAGAAGCUACAGAUUUUGGUAGUUUUCGGAAGAAAUUCAUACUUGCUGGAUAUCUCUUAAUACCUAAAUUAUUUAAAAUUUUCAAAAUAACAAUGUUUUCAAAAUCAUUCGGAAAAUUUUUCACUAAUCUAGUAACGACUAACAUUCGCAGUCGUGAAAAACUUGGAAUAGUAAGACCAGACGUUAUCCAAGUUCUCCUCGAAGCUCGAGCAUUCCUUCAAGACGCAAAACCUGAAAUUAACAAAAACAACAAAACAGAAAUUACAGAUCAAGACAUCGUUUCGCAAGCUUUGGUUUUCUUGUUCGCUGGUUUUGAAACUGUGUCUACACUCAUGUGCUUUAUGUCUUACGAGCUUGCGCUUAACCCAGAUAUCCAAACAAAACUUAUACAAGAAGUAGACGAAACUGUGGAAGCCUGUAAGGGCAAAGUUACCUACGAGAGUCUUCUUGGUAUGAAAUAUAUGGACAUGGUUGUCUCAGAAACUUUACGAAAAUGGCCGAAUCUUGUUGCUUUGGAUAGAGUUUGUACAAAACCCUACACUAUUGAGGCUAAAUAUCCUGAUGAGAGACCUAUUCACUUGGAAAAGGGUGCUGUUGUCUGGUUGCCAGUGUUUGGUCUUCAUCGCGACCCCGAAUUUUUUCCAGAACCGGAUCGUUUUGACCCUGAAAGAUUUAGCGAUGAAAACAAGGCCAAGAUUAAACCGUACACGUAUGUGCCUUUUGGAGCUGGACCUAGGAAUUGUAUUGGUUACAGAUUUGCUCUCUUGGAGACUAAAAUUUUGUUCUUUAAUAUUCUGUUACGUUUCGAGAUAGUUCCCGUGGAGAAGACACAGAUACCUUUAGUUUUAAGCAAGAAGCAUUUUAGUUUGAUAGCGGAAAAGGGAUUUUGGUUGGGUCUAAAACGUCGUAGAGAAUAAUAUUUGUUCAGUCUAAUUUAACUGGAAUAAACAACACUAUGUAUA